GGGGGGGAGGCGGGCUGACAGAUGGACUGGCCCCCUGGCCGCACAGAUCCUGUUAAGGAAUCGGAGUUGGGGAGCAUGGGGAGGGCUGCCCCAGCCUGGGGUACAGCUUUGAGCUCAGUCUGUAUGCCCACCCAGGCGGGAGGUCACGGAGGCCAGAGAGGCCCCUCUGACCCCCGGCUUAGUGGCCCUUGGCCCUGGGUCUUACCUUUCCCAGCAGCCCCGUGGGGGCUCUCUCUCUGCCUGCGUGUUGUUUUUACAGGCAACCUCCUCAACGAGCCUUUCUAAGCUGAAUCCACACGCACCAACUGAGGGCCUCCACACAGGCCAGCGGAGGGUUCGCGUGACCUCAGGCGUGCCCCCUCUGGCUCUCUCGGCCCAUUUCUCGACUGCAAAAUGGUACGAUCAUCAAGCAGGGUUAUGGUUGAGGACGAGUGAACCCGACACAGGUCAGGAGAGUCCAGGCCAUAGGAAGGACUCGCGGCUAGCCGUCAGGGUUUACAGGGCACCGGGAGAACAGUGGUUCUUUGGUCUCCGCCAACGGUGUACGUCAGGCCACAUGCUGAUGUGCCCUAGCGAUGUGCCCUGACGGCCCGUUUUAGACCCUUGAAAUUACUGCUGGGGACAAUAUGGGCUCUAAGGAAAUCAGUAAUUUGGAAAAUCCUGCCCUGUUCUCUGGGCUUCAGCAGAGCGUUAUGUUCAUGCCCACCCCCCCCCCCCCCCCCAACGCAGCAGGAACCUGCUCCAGACAUACCUCGCGGAGCCGCUGAGGACACCCAAGGAUGUCAGGCCUCAGAGAACCCGCCUUGGCAGGAAAGCGUGUGCAUUCCAACCCCCCCACCCACCCCGUUCUGCUCUUUGUGACCUGUGUUGUCUGGGGUGUUUGGUGCCCAUCUGUAAAACGGGCAAACCCGUCCCUUCCGUCUUUCGAAGAUGCCGUGAGGGUUCUGGAGAGAGCUUCCACGGGGCCCUUGGCAUCCACACACAGUAGCCCCAUUGUAAUGGGGCUGUUCCCCUGUCUGCAACACUUCCUGUUAGCUUCCUGGCCUCAGUGUCCAGUCUGCAGAAUGGGAGCGGUGAGGACUUCUGUGUCUUCAAGCCAGGAGGAGGACUGACACGACCCGAGGGAGCUCUUACGAGGGUGCCAGCACCUAGUAGCGUUGGAGACGUUUCAGUGAUUAAUAUCGCCCUUGUCACCACCAUCUCCAGCGGGUUCGGGACAUCAGGGAGGUGACCUGGCUGAGGAAGUCCUGUAUCUUUCCACCCUCCGCUCAAACCUAUCGCAGGUAUGGUCCGAUCGUUUGUUCGUGUAUACAGACUUCGCCAACUGUGUUGACCCGGAGAAAAAGCAGUGCCGUGUUGGGAAAGAUGACCCAGACCGUCCAUGACUGGAGCGUCUGAUUUUCAGUUUGCUAAGGAGCAGAGGAAGGGGAAAUGCCCUUGGGGAGGCUGGAUGGCAGCACCUCCUCUCUCCCCUCCCCUCAGCCUUUUCCUCAGAGGCCUCUUGGGACCUGCCUGGUGCCUGGCCUCUGCCCAGCCUGCGCUAGGACCAGGGUGCUCCCUUCCCUCAUCCCACACCCACCCCGAUUUCUGCUGGGGCCCCAGAGUAGGAGCCACCAGGGUCCUUCCGGGAGCCUCCCUCCGCGCAGGCUGGAAACCUCAGGGCUUUGCUGCAGGCUGGGAGAUGCGGGGGCACUGACUUCCGAGAAGCCUGCAGCUUGGGGCGACGCAAAGACUACGAGCCUAGGGAGAUCUUCUGUGUCCCCGCCUGGCUCUCCGGGCUACCCGCGUCAGCCUGGCCGGCUCCCAGGCUCCUCUGCCCACCCCCGACCAGGCCGCAGAACGGCUCUCAGCACACCGAGCUUCCGCACGAGGGCGCAUCCGCGCCCGGACGCCGAGGGCUGGUGCCCUGCGCUCCCCGGAAAUAUGCCCCAGCGAGGGGCUCCUUCCUACAGUGGCCCCUCCUAGGCUCAAGUUACAAACUCGUCGCCUGGGAGCCCAGGAUUCGUCCCCCGCGCGGGAGCCGGGCUGGGGCACCGCGCAGGAGCCUCCCGGGGAUGCUCUGCGAGCGCGCGGGGCGGGACGUGCCUCUCCAGACCGCGACUAGAACCUGGGUUUUUUGUUUUUUGUUUUUUGGGCUUUUUUUUUUUUUUUUUUUUUCCUCUUUCCUCCUUUACUAUCAGUGCCCCGCCCACCAGCCUCGCGGUCUCCGCCUGCCUCCGGCCGUCGCCCAAACGGGGCGGCGUUUACGAUUGUACACAUUCAAGCUCGGGUUUGCCUUGGAGUUUAGAGGGAGCGCUGCGGCGACGCGCCUUUCCGGAGAGGCAGGGGUGCGCGUGCUGGACUUCGGGUGCCGGGGAGCUCCAGGGAGGGCUCCGGGUGCGGAGGGGCGGCGCGCCGCGACCCCCGUUUGUCUCCUCUGGGUCUGUUAGAGGGGGCGCUGAGGCCGGACCUCGAGCUGGAUCCAAGCUUGAGCUUGCUGGGGGCGCGCUGGUCUGGAGAG